AUGCUUUUAUCAGGAAUAAUAAAGCACCAGCACCCAAACUCUCUUGGAGAGGAGCAACUAGAAAAGCAAGAUAAGAAUUCUCGGUCCAAAAGCUUGCCAAUUCUGAAUGGGUCUGUUCCGCAAAUUAAUACCACACAAAGUGCUCUCAUCGCAGCCAAAAAGAACUUCUUACAGAGUUUGCAGGGGGGCUCUGAUCAGAGAUGUGGCCUUGACCCCGAUAUAUCAGCACCUCAUAGUAAUGCUAUUGCUACUUCUUCCAAGACAGUGUUGUCUUUUACACCUUCAAGCUUUUCGAGAAUGGGGAAUUUCACUGAAAGAAAUAAUUGCAACAACUCUGCUAGAUUAAGUAAUGGAGUGUCACCAGCUUCCACACUGCUAGUAAUGCCUGGUAGAAAAUAUCUUGCUAUAGUAUUGACAGACUCUCGAUUCUUUUUGAUAUGUAUGUGUUUCCUGACUUUCAUUCAGUCACUAAUGGUCUCUGGUUACCUGAGUAGUGUUAUCACUACCAUUGAGAGAAGAUAUAGCCUGAAAAGCUCUGAAUCUGGGCUAUUGGUCAGUUGCUUUGAUAUUGGCAGCCUUUUAGUAGUGGUCUUCAUCAGUUAUUUUGGUGGGCAAGGGCGAAGGCCUCUGUGGCUUGCUGUUGGGGGUUUAUUUAUAGCUCUUGGGGCUGCUGUAUUUUCUUUACCUCAUUUCAUCUCUGCACCAUAUCAAAUCCAGGAAUUAAACUCCUCUGUUUCUAAUGAUGGCUUGUGUUUGACUGGAAAUUAUUCAACGAAAGGGCACCUGGAAUCAUCAGGCUGUCUGAAGAAUUCACGUGGAAAUGGACACUCACUCUAUGUAGCUUUGUUUAUUUGUGCCCAAAUUCUCAUUGGAAUGGGCUCCACACCUAUCUACACUCUAGGACCAACCUACUUGGAUGACAAUGUCAAGAAAGAAAACUCAUCACUCUAUCUAGCUAUCAUGUAUGUAAUGGGAGCUCUUGGUCCUGCAGCAGGAUAUUUAUUAGGCGGAGUUCUUAUUGGGUUUUAUGUACAUCCUACAAGUACUAUUCAGAUUGACCAAAGUGACCCACGGUUCAUUGGUAACUGGUGGAGUGGAUUUCUCAUUUGUGCUAGUGUGAUGCUUCUCGUUAUACUUCCGAUGUUUGCUUUUCCCAAAAAACUCCCACCUCGACACAAGAAAAAGAAAAAAAAGAUGCGCUCUGAUGUUUCAGGUGAUGAUGAUUUGGUGAAAGAAAAAGUGAAUUGCAAAAAUGAGCUGGAGCCGGAAAUUUCUACAUCAAUGAACUUUGGAAAGAAUGUUAAAGAACUUCCAAGAGCAGCUUUCAGGAUCUUAAGCAACAUGACAUUCCUUUUUGUGAGUUUGUCAUACACAGCUGAAUGUGCCAUUGUUACUGCUUUUAUUACCUUUAUUCCAAAGUUCAUUGAGUCACAGUUUGGCAUCCCAGCUUCCAGUGCCAGCAUCUACACUGGUGUGAUUAUUGUUCCAAGUGCUGGUGUUGGUAUUGUCUUAGGAGGUUACAUUAUAAAAAAGCUAAAACUUGGUGCAAGAGAAUCUGCAAAACUAGCAAUGAUUUGCAGUGGAGUAUCUCUAUUAUGCUUUUCAACACUCUUCAUAGUUGGAUGUGAAAGUAUUAAUCUAGGAGGUAUAAAUAUACCAUAUACCACGGGACCUACUCUCACCAUGGCACAUAGGAAUCUGACUGGAAGCUGUAAUGUUAAUUGUGGCUGCAAAAUUCAUGAAUACAAACCUGUGUGUGGAUCAGAUGGGAUCACAUAUUUUAACCCUUGUCUUGCUGGUUGCAUUAGCAGUGGAAAUUACAGCACAGGAAUAAGAAAUUACACAGAUUGUGCCUGUGUCCAAAGCCGACAAGUUAUCACACCGCCCACAGUUGGACAGCGUAGCCAACUAAGAGUGGUGAUUGUCAAAACAUAUCUCAAUGAAAACGGCUAUGCUGUAUCAGGAAAGUGUGAUAGAACCUGCAACACACUCAUCCCUUUCCUCAUUUUUCUCUUCAUAGUAACACUUAUCACAGCAUGUGCCCAACCAUCAGCAAUCAUAGUUACUCUCAGGUCUGUGGAAAAGGGUGAGAGGCCUUUUGCCCUUGGCAUGCAAUUUGUUUUGUUAAGAACUCUUGCAUACAUUCCUACCCCAAUUUAUUUUGGUGCCGUCAUUGAUACUACCUGCAUGCUGUGGCAACAGGAAUGUGGCGUUCAAGGCUCUUGUUGGGAAUAUGAUGUGACGUCAUUUCGUUUUGUGUACUUUGGUCUGGCAGCCGGUCUCAAAUUUGUUGGCUUCCUAUUCAUUUUCCUUGCUUGGUACACCAUUAAGUAUAAAGAAAAGAAGCAGCAAAGGCAGAUGUGGGAAGAUGCUCCUGUUAGCACUGUGAGUGAAGUGGUGUAUAACAAAGUUGCUCAGCAAAACUAUGCAAGGACUAGAUCCUGUCCCACUUUUAGCUCUCAAGGUGACCAUGGUAAUGAUGUCAAUCUAACAACAACAAUGCAUUACACAGCACAAACCUAUCCUGGCCCCCCUACAAUAGAAGCAAUAACUACAUCAGUUGAGAAGCCUUCACAAGAAGUCACUUCUGAAAUAGAGGGGCCCUUGCAGUAA